AUGCAGUUGGACGUUCGGCUCAUCCAACAGAAUUUGAGCGGGCUCGAGUCCAUCCGUCGUCAGGAGGAAGCUGCUUCAGCCAGUCCUGGCGACGACCUGAACUCUUGCUGGGCUAACUAUGUCAUCGAUCAUGUGGGUGGCAAUUGGCUUCCCUACUGCGCCAGAUCGCUGGAGGAAGCUGUCGAAGAAGUUCAAGUCCUCGCCAAGGGCAUUCAGCAUCAUCGUGGCUCUUCUCAACUGUCGUUUCCCGUGGGAUACCAAGCCAGUGGUCGUUCGCUAUCUCAGGGGGGUGGGUUUUAG